AUGGCACCGGCUUUAACAAAUGAAAGAAAAAGAGGCAGUCUACAUGCAACUCAGGCAGAGGAAGCAAACAGCACGAAUCUUUACCUUGACAGAAGUUACAAAACUAAACCAAAGUGGGGGGGUUGGAGGUCAUCAAGACUGGACCUCCCCUCAGUUCAUCUACUUCUCAGAAAAGCAAGUGUAAUUGAUUUUCAAAACAAACACACGCUACAGUAAGAAUGUGAGGAGGGUGAAACAGGGCUGGGGUGGCUUUCUGUUUCUUCAAGAUAUUCAUCUUCCAGCUCUUUCGUUCCAAAGCCCUGCAGCUUAUUGUCUGAGAUCGGAUGGAAUAAUUUGCGAGGGAUUUACUCAUUCUUCUUCAACUAGAAGAAAAUGCCUGUAAUGAAAGGCUUGUUAGCGCCCCAGAAUACUUUUUUGGACACUAUAGCAACCCGCUUUGAUGGGACGCACAGUAACUUUCUGCUGGCUAACGGCCAGGUGCACCGCGGCUUCCCCAUCGUGUACUGCUCAGAUGGCUUCUGUGACCUCACGGGGUUUGUGCGCACGGAGGUCAUGCAGAAGAACUGCAUCUGCCGCUUCCUGUACGGGCCGGAGACCAGCGAACUCGUCUCCCAGAUGAUCGAGAAGGCUCUGGAGGGGCGGCAGGAGUACCAGGCUGAGGUGCGUUUCUACAAGAAGAACGGGGCUCCCUUCUGGUGCUUGCUUGAUAUCAUUCCCAUUAAAAAUGAGAAGGGAGAAGUGGUCCUCUUCCUGUUUUCCUUCAAAGACAUCACAGAGAGCCGAGGGAAACCCAGCCACAGCGGCAGAAAGGACGAAGAGAAACGCAGGAGUAAAAAAAAUGGAAAUUCACAUUUGACGGCAGCGCGGAGGAGAGGCAGAACGGUCUUGUAUCACCUGACCAGUCAGUUCACAAACAAGAACAAGAGCGAGGUCAAACUGAACAACGCAGUGUUUGAGAACAAGCCCUCCAUCCCAGAGUACAAAGUGGCGGCCGUGCAGAAGUCCCGCUUCAUCCUUCUCCACUACAGCAUCUUCAAAGCGCUGUGGGACUGGCUGAUCCUGCUGGCCACCUUCUACGUUGCGGUCACCGUGCCCUACAACGUCUGCUUCACUGCCUACGAUGACUGCGACGCGGCCUCCCGGAGCACCAUCGUCACCGACAUCGCUGUGGAAAUGCUCUUCAUCCUCGAUAUAAUUCUGAACUUCCGCACAACCUACGUGAGUCAGUCCGGUCAAGUGGUCUAUGACUCUCGAUCCAUCUGUAUCCACUACGCGGCCACGUGGUUUUUCGUGGAUCUCAUAGCCGCCUUGCCCUUCGACCUUCUUUACGCUUUUAACAUCACUGUGACCACCCUGGUUCACCUGCUGAAGACGGUUCGUUUGCUCCGUCUCCUGAGGCUGCUUCAGAAGCUGGACCGCUACUCCCAGUACAGUGCCAUGGUGCUCACCCUGCUCAUGUCCAUGUUCGCCCUACUGGCUCAUUGGAUGGCCUGCAUCUGGUACGUGAUUGGACGAAAGGAGAUGGAGAACCAUGACCCAGCCACCUGGGAGAUUGGUUGGCUACAUGAACUGGGGAAGCGUCUCGAAUCUCCCUACACCAACAACUCGCUGAUGGGCGGCCCGUCCAUUCGGAGCGCGUACAUUGCCUCCCUCUACUUCACCCUCAGCAGUCUCACCAGCGUGGGCUUCGGUAACGUCUGUGCAAACACAGACGCAGAGAAGAUCUUCUCCAUCUGCACCAUGCUCAUAGGAGCUCUGAUGCACGCUGUGGUCUUUGGGAACGUGACCGCGAUCAUCCAGCGAAUGUACUCCCGUCGCUCGCUGUAUCACACGCGCAUGAAGGACCUGAAAGACUUCAUCAGGGUCCAUCGUCUGCCACAGCAGCUCAAACAGAGGAUGCUGGAGUACUUCCAGACCACCUGGUCCGUCAACAACGGCAUUGACGCCAAUGAGCUCUUGCAUGACUUCCCAGAUGAGCUGCGCGCAGACAUCGCCAUGCACCUGAACAAAGACAUCCUGCAGCUGCCUCUGUUUGAGUCGGCGAGUCGAGGCUGCCUGCGCUCCCUCUCCCUGCACAUUAAGACCUCCUUCUGCGCUCCCGGGGAGUACCUCAUCCGGCAAGGUGACGCUCUGCAGGCCAGCUACUUCGUGUGCUCUGGCUCUCUGGAAGUACUCAAGGACAACAUGGUCUUGGCCAUUCUCGGCAAAGGUGAUCUGAUUGGCGCGGAUCUGCCCUGUAAGGAGCAGGUGAUCAAGACCAACGCAGACGUCAAGGCGCUCACCUACUGCGACCUGCAGUACAUCAGCGUGCGGGCGCUGAGAGAGGUGCUGGAGCUGUACCCUGAGUAUGCCAGCAAGUUCACCAGAGACAUCCAUCACAACCUGACCUACAACCUGCGGGAGGGCAGCGAGGCUGAGGGCCUGUCACGAUUCUGCAGAUCUCCAAGACUUUCCCAGCCUCGAAUGGACAGCAGCGUCGCCCCUGAUAAGAAGCUGCCGUUGAUCGUGGAGGACGGUGAUGAGCAUGAGGAGUCCUUCCACCUCUCUCCGGCCACCAGGACCCGCAGAAAGCUGACUCUGCCCAGCCUGAACAGCCCAGUGCGGCGCGGCUCUCUGGGGAACCUGCUAGGGGACGAGCUGCGGCAGUUCUCAGCGCUGCGCCGCACCUGCAGGUCUCCAGUGAGGGGAAACAGGGGGAGGAGCCCGUCCCCCCAGUACACGAAGGAAGAGCGAGAGAGUCUGAACAACGAGGCCGUCUGCAACGGCCGCAGACCCACCAAGCUUCUGAUCCCUUCGCUGAACUGUUUUGGCCCGCCGGACCUCAGCCCCAGGGUGGUUGAUGGAAUCGAAGACAAUGGACAGACAUCAGAGAUGCAUGCCUUUCACUUUAAUGUUGAUCAGCAUGGGUCGAAAGACAACUCAGGCAGCUUUGUCAAAGAUGCAAACCAGGUAAACGCUGCCUUACUGGUGGAGACGGAGGAAGUGAGGCAAAGCAUCUGCAAGCUCAGCCAGGAGAUGAGCAGUCUGAACCAAGAGGUUUCUCAGCUCACCAAAGAGCUUCACCACAUGAUGCAUCUCCUCCAAGCCCAGCUCACUGUCCAGCACUACACCUCCAGCCUCCCCUCCUACCCAUAUGGCGUUCAGAUGGUCCACUCCCCUCCCACCAACAACAGCAGCGGAGGUGCCAGUGAGUGGCAGCAAAGAGUCUCUUACACAGUGCCACCUGGGCUGCACGUGCAGCACGACCCUCCCAAUCUAGACCCAGUGAGCCAAGGCAGUGGAGGCCCAUGGAAUUACAGCAGCACACCUGCUGCUGCAAACCACGGCCGAGGAUCUACCAUGGGGGGCCAGCAGUUGAAAGAGAUGGACAACUUCCAUCCAGUGGUGGACCAUUUCCACGCCCCGUCCAGCCCCAGGGCUAACUAUUACCACACUCCGUGCUUCGGAGCUACUGGGAGAACCAUCAACCCAAAAGUCGAGCUGAAGCAGAACGCAUGCCAGCCCAUUGGAAGUUCUCCAAACUCUCCUUUCACGGCAUCACAAGUACGGCCCUGUUCAUCUUUAUUGAGCCCCAUUCCCACAUUUUCCAGUUUUGCUUCUCCUCCUCCUCCUCCAGUUUAUAGCAGCUCUUCUUCUGACAGCGGACAGACUCUGUCCUCUUCUAUAAGCCUCAGUAAAUCCCACCCCACCUUGUGUCAGCAGGCAUGCGCCAGUACUGAGCACCUUUACUCCAAAUCGAGCAACCCAACAGUGGCGCAUUCAACGCUGGUCACCCCGAACUGUGCUCAUUAUUAUGCUUCAGGAUCUUUGAAUCACUUGUACGCCAACGCGAAGCAAGAGCAAUUCCCAUGUAUCUCCCUAAACCUGAGGCAAAAUGAUUUGGUUGGCUCCAGCCCCACGCACUCACUGACCUGCAUCGUUGACACCGAUCUUUCGGAAGACCUACCACCCAGUCCGUCUGUCUCAGGCACUUGUUCAGCCGGAAGGAAGCCCUCUUCCUCUUCUCAGGAUUCUUUUGAAAGCUCUGGCCAGCUUCUUUUGGGUACGGCCAGUCCAGACCAUCUGGGCAUAGAACCUCUGGUGAUCAAACCGGAUUCUGCAGACAGACUGCUUAUGUUAAACCCACCAGACUUGAUUGAGGACAGCGAGGUGUCACAAUCCAGGAGAUCCAGCACAGCAACCCAAACCAUGGAUGCUGAAGUCUUCUGGAGUCUAGAGAUGAUGGAUUGAGUUACACUGGUAUUAGUAUUCAUAGAGAAACUUUUAUAAACUCAAUGGACCAGAAUGUGCAACUCUUUCUGAAAACCAAUACCUUAACCAGUUUUGUACAUCUGCUUUUUUUUCCACCUUUACUCUUAAACAAAAUCAUAGAGUUUAUGCCUGUACCUUGUUCUUGCAUCUUUUAUACGACAGUUGUGGGGCUAAAUUCAUUGUUUGAAAUGCAUGGAAAGAUUAUUUUUUAUUCUUGAAAUGAGUUUUCAAGUAACAGCAAAAGCACAAUGAACCUUGAUUAUUAUUUUUUUUCUUUGUACAGAACAUGUUAUGGAUGUGAGCCUUUGCAUGAUAGAGGCAUUUUUACAGAUAAACUCGGCUUCUUUAUUAAUAUCAAGUCAGAGCACUGUCGUAUAGAUAAUCGUGAUGCUCUACAGAAAAUUCACAAAUUUGUGUACUGGUGUUGGGCUUGAGAAUCCUGCAGAUUCCAUGGAUUUCUUCAAGAAUGCAUUGGAAUUCAUGAAGGAGUAAGCAGCUACAAAAAAAAGGCAAAUGUAAAAUAAGAAAUGUAAAUAUCAAUACGAAUAUCUGUGUACUUCUGGAAAAGGGGCUUGUAUGUAAAGUGCUCUCGUCCGUGCAAUUUUUUAACACAAUCACAUAUUAGUUUACUUUCACACGUGGGGCAGCUUUUAGAUUGUUCCUACAUUGAGUUCAGAUGCAUUUACAUUAGAGAUCAUAUGACAUAGAAAUGUAUCAGUGCAACAGGAGACAUAUUUCGAAGGAUGAAAUUUAGAACCAUUCCCCCAUUAAUGAGAUUAUUAUUAUUAUUAUUACCUAUUAUUAUUAUUAUUAUUAUUAUUAUUAUUAUUAUUACCUAUUAUUAUUAUUAUUAUUAGAUUACCAAUAUAACAUGAGUCACUUCAGUCUAAUGUGGUAAAUGACAGGCACUGCUAAUAAAACAGUGCAUAUUAUAGCCACAAUACUUUUUAAUUUUUUUUAUUUUACAUUUAUAGAAAUAGGUGCACACUGUAAAAAAAAAAAAAUAAAUAAAUAAAAAAAAAGGAAAUUCUGUCCUUUUCAAUUAUGUAGGUCCUGGCAAAUAAUGAAUUAUUUCAGCAGUAUUAUGCCUUAGUUACCAAGUUGCAUGUAAACACUUGUGGUCUGCCUUUAGAUAACCCAGUGACUGCAUUUAGGCAGACAGACAAUAUUCUAAUAUAGAUUUCAAAUGAAGGAUGGGCAGUUUUGCUUCAGGUUAAGAUAUCUGCAUACUUUAAAUGACUGUACAAAUUAUGUAUACUCUUGCAUAUAUAUAUAUAUAAAAUUUGUUUUCAUUUUUCUACACUGUUUUUGUUCCUCUAUUCAACUCUAUCUAUAGUACCAUUAAAGUGAAUGUAGUGUUUCAAAUUCUGCAAUUAAAAUGUUUUAACACCCCUGCAGUUGCAAUGCAGAGUAGGUUGCUAUAGAAACUAACAAUAAUAACUGGUGAACCGAACCCUGGUCCUGGAGAGCCCCCAUCCUGCAAAUCUUAUGUAAUUAAUGGCUAAGGAUUUGGAACACCUGUUAAUCUUGACUAAUUAAGCCACUGAUUGGUUCAAUUAAGUAACUGAGCAUUAUUUGAAAAAAUAUUAGUAACGUGCAUGGUAGUAGAUGGUCUAUUAGCUGGACUGUGUGAUUCUACCUGGUAGCAGUAUCUAUUCUACCAUGAUCUACUUAUUGCAUGUAAGGUGGUAUUAAUCACAAUGCAACCACAGGGUUAUCGCACAGGCAUGUGUGCAGUUAUUGUGUAACUGCUUCUAUUUACAUCGUGUGGAUCUGCAAAUAAAUCUUUGUAAGCUAGACAUUGUUUGUAAUCAUCGGGAUUGCAAGUGUUGUAAUUAAUGCCACACAAUUGCCAUGUAAAAAAAAAUACUAUUGCAACUAUUGUGCUGUAUAUUCUGUUUUGUUCUGCUGCUAUCAAGCAAAAAGGAAACUUCCUGUCCUCUUGCAUGCAUAUAUAUAUA